UUUUUGCGGAUUCGCGAAAAAUUAAGUGUAGCUUUGGGAGCUUUCGUUCGACAUCCACGCAACGACAUAAUCAGACUUACGUCGCAUACACUACCGUCAUAUACAUUACUUCCUACCCUUCAUUCAUUCAUUCAAGUAGGAUGCAUCUCAUGUACACGACCGGUGCCGACGGCAAGCGCAUCUACACGCUCAAGAAGGUCGUUGACGGCGUCAUCUCCGACUCUGCUCACCCUGCGCGUUUCUCCCCCGACGACACCUACUCGCGACACCGCGUUACCAUCAAGAAGAGACACGGACUCUUGCCCUACCAGACCCAGCAGAAGAACAAGGUCGCCGAGAAGCAGUAAACGAGAAAAAAAAAACGGCCAAGGGGAGAUGAUUGUGCGUGAGCAUAU